AUGCUCAACGGGUACGUCUUUACCAACCCCUCACCUAUGUCAGGGGAAUUUGAAUAUACAGAUGAAAAUGGAAGUUUCUUAGAGGAUAAUUUGAGAAGUGAUAAUAUAGCUAUGUUCUUAGAAUCUAGGAAAGGUAAGACGAUCCUUCAAUACGAUGGAUAUAGAUAUCGUAAAGCUUAUAAAACUAAGAACGGCACUCGUUGGAACUGUUCUUCGAAGAACUGUGGGAGCUUUGUAUACUUAAAUGAUCAAGAUGAAAUUAUAAUGACAUCGAAAUAUCAUGACCAUCCAAGACCUGGGAGUCCAAUAGAUAGUAUUGAUCCAGAUUCUUUAGACACAGCUGUAGUAAUAACUUCAAGGAAGGGCAAAGAAAUGCUCCUUUUCCGAAGCUAUACUUAUCGAAAGCAAUACGAUAAAGGUCAUAAAUCUAGAUGGGUUUGCUCCACACUGAAGAACUGUCGGGCUUGUGUAUUCACAGAUUCGAACAACCUCAUAACAUCAGCGUAUGAAGAACAUGAACACGACCCACCAAAAUAUUAUCUAAAUCCUAAUCAUUUGCUUGGAGCCCUAAGAGAGCCUUUGGUUUUUGAAUCCGAU